AGACGGGCUCAAAGACCCGGAGCCCCAGAGCCGACGGGCGCGAUGGACGUCACGUCUUUGCCUCUGGGCUUUGUGGAGGAAGCUUCCCGAGAGCAGCCCACCCAGAAAGAGAUCCGCUGCCGCCGACUGGUCGCUGAAAACGCGAACCCCAGCUCGCGGUAUGUGGGCAACACACCCAAGGAGGAGCUCCUUUUGGAGCACGUCCGGGAGUUCGAGGAUCAGUUCGUGAACGUCUACGGGAAUCGCUUCCUCUACCUCUGCCCGCCCAAUGAGUAUGGAGUGCCCAAGUUUCUGCCGACCACCUUGCGCCCAACGCACUUGCCAUACCAAGAGCUCUACGAGUACAAGUCCUGCUCCAAGUUUUUGGCGGACUUCUUCAACUAUGACGAGCUCCACCCGCCGGACCGAUAUCCCAUGGUGAUCCCAGCCCCAGCGUCCGUGCUGAACUGGCAGGCGGGGGACUGCUUUGACCUCUCCAUCGCCUUGGCCUCUUUGCUCAUCGGUGUGGGCUACGACGCUUACUGCGUCAGCGGCUUUGCGCCCCGCUUUAUCACGACCCGCAACGAGGCGCGCAGCGCGUGCCCGCAGCUGGAUGUGGACAUCGAGGAGGCCAAGGAGGAGGACAAGCAGGAGGAGGACGAGUUUGUCAUUCCCAAGAAGCCACCCUUGAGGUCGGAGUACUUGGAAGCCAAGCGCCGGGCAGAGGACGCCGACAUCAUCCGAUUGCAGGAGGAGGAGAUGAAGUCAGAUUCAGAGGACGACCCGUCGAGUGACGAGGACGAGUUUGAGAACCGGCGCAUUCACUGCUGGGUCUUGGUGCGAAAAGGCGCCCGCGAGGUGGCCGAGGACAUGUACCUGGAGCCAACCACUGGUCGCAUCUACUCCGUGAGCCGGUGCCCCUACCUGAAGAUCGACCUCAUUUGGAACCACCGCAACCUUUGGGUCAACAUGCAGGUUUGCUCGGCUUCACACGUCCAGCUGGACCUUUACAACUCCCGGUACUUCGAGUACGUGAUGCUGGAUGCUGACAACCCCAGCGGGGAGGCACGAGAAGGCGACGACGCAGGCGCUGUUCCGGACGAGGAGCGACGAGCGGAGCAAACCGCGCAGAUUCUGGAUCUCCCAUCGCCCUGGAGCGAGCGACCCGACAUCCCCAGGGAGAAGUUCCACGCGCGAUGCUACCAAGGGGAGAAGACCAUCUUCUACCACAAGUGCAAGGUGGAGCAGUACGCGCCCUACACCCAGGACGACGGCCUGGUGCAGCGGAUCACGCUCUACAAGGACGUACGGCGCCAGAUUCCCCUGGAGAUCCGGGAACGGUUCAAGCAUCGCAAGGACAAGCUCUUUGAGCGGAAGCGCCGCCCCAUGCAGAACGAGACGGUGGAGCGCUUCUUGCCGGGGCGGCCCUCCACCUCCGCCUCCAACGCCGGCGGUGCCUUGAAGGAGUUCCGCGAGAUCUCGGCGUUGAGCCGAGAGCUGAUCUUCUACAAGUCUCGCUUGGACGGCCUCGUGCGCUCCGUGGAGAUCAUCGGCAGGAAGAUGUUUGAGUACUUCGAGGAUCGGGACGACAGGUUGAUCUACCACUCGGUCACACUGGAUCCCACAGCCACUCGAGGGCAAAAGAGCAAGGACACCUACCCAGUGGAUUCGGUGGGUGAGGUGCCAAUCAAGAAGAUGACCGAAAAGUAUGCACGGAACCCUGAGGUGCCAGCAGAGGAGGACAUUGCGAAGAUCAGCUUCUACCUCACGGAGCAGCAGAACAGCUCCAUCUACUCCACGGGGAAGAUCCGGGUGGACUAUCACCGGGAGCCGGGCUCCUUAACCUUCCGGCAAUGCAUGUAUCACUACAAGGACGGCAACCUCAACCGGGUACCCGCGAGCAUGCCGCAGCCCACGCAGGCGCAAGUGCACAAGCUCAUGCAGAUGCAGACCACCUGCCGUGACACGAUCAUGGCCUCACACACCAGCAUCCAGCAGGAGCUGACUACGCGCCGCAAGGAUGAGAUCAGCAUCCGGGGCAUGCGCUCGGUGUCCGCGGGCAAGAAGCGGGAUCUGACGAUCCCAGGUAGCCGUGACGACGUCCUCGAGCCCUCUGUCUAUGACCUGGCCAGGGAGAGCGCGCGAGUGGAAGGUUCUCGCGAGGGUGCCGAGGAGGAGAAGCAAGAAGAGCAGAGUGCGAAGGUGGACAUCUUGGCGCCUUACCUGGUGGACUUCAUCAACAAGGAGACCGGGCUCGUGCAGCUGGACUCCCUGCAGGCGGAGCUGGUCGCCAAGAAGUGCACCACCGACUUCCGCAAGCGGCUCACUGACCGGGCAGAGAUCAUCCAGCGACGCCUGGAGGAAGAGCAAGAGCUGCUGCGAAAGCGGCGGGCGCAGAUGCAGCGAAGGGGUGACAGCGUGGAGCGGGAUGAGCGGGAGUUUGAGCAGUACCAGAACCAGGCCAUGUUCCGCACCCAGAUCCUGGAGCAACGCCUGGCCAGGCAUGAGAUGCAGGCCAUCGAAAAGUUCCAGGAACUGGAGCGGAUGCUGCAAGAGGACCCCCGCCUGGCGGCCAUGUGGCAGAAGGAGCCGGCGGCGGUCAAGGGCUAGCCCGGAGGCGCGUCGUGCGCUUGACGCUUGGCUGAAAGGCACACGGCAUGUCACGCGCGCGCAGCAUCACAGCUAGCGUGAGCUCGCGGGCCGUCGGU